AUGUCGGCGAGCAACAAGCAGGGCAAGAUGGCCGGUUACAUCAACUACCGGAUGCGCGUGACGCUCAAUGAUGGCCGCCAGAUGACGGGUCAGAUGCUCGCAUUCGAUAAGCACAUGAACCUCGUCCUCGCCGAUACCGAAGAGUUCCGCCGAAGUAAGCGCAAGCAGAACAAGCCGUCCGCCCCUGGUGCGUCGUCGUCCGCCACAGUUGUGGAGCAGGAAGAGAAGCGGACACUAGGCUUGACGAUCGUCCGCGGUGCCCAUAUCGUUUCGCUCUCCGUCGAGUCGCCGCCCCCUGCCGAUCCCAGUGCUCGCUUGGGCAAAUCAACAGGAGCCGGCCUCACAACAGCACUUGCGGCGGGACCGGGUGUUGCACGGCCUGCUGGGCGGGGUGCGGCAGCUCCCAUUUCCUUGGCCGGCCCUGCUGCUGGCCACCAACGCCAAACUCGCAGCACCGCCAUCAAAAUGGCCGCCUUCGUAAAAGCUGUCAACGCCAAGAUCCGGGCACACCCCGUCCUGAACUAUGUCUGCUCGACACAUUUCUGGGGCCCUGUCUCCAACUUCGGUAUUCCCGUCGCCGCCGUCAUGGACACCCAGAAGAGCCCAGACCUUAUCUCGGGCCCCAUGACCGGCGCACUCUGCAUCUACUCAGCGACCUUCAUGCGCUACGCGCUCGCCGUGACGCCGCAGAAUUAUCUGCUCUUCCUAUGCCACUUUGUCAACGAAGGUGCGCAGCUCACGCAGGGGUACCGCUACCUGCAGUGGACACGAUGGGGUGGCAAGGAGCAGGCGUCGCUGUCUGGAGCUGUUGAAGCUGGCAAGGGGAAGGUGGGUGAGAUUGAGGGGAAGCUGAAGGAGUUGGCGAAGAAAUAA